AUGAAGUGUUCAUACCUAAUCGCUGGAGGAGCUGUUCUUACUGUCGGACUUUCAGUCCUCAUCUGGUGGUUUGUGAGUGAUCAUUCUGCUCCACCUCCAAAUAAAUCCUAUCGACUCAGCAUGGUUCCUGAAGCUGUUGAUGACAUGUACGACGGCUGCAAAGGGGAAAUGGAGAAGGUCAACCACAAAUUCUUCAAAGAAGAGUUUGUGGGAACAUUUAAAGAUGCCUGGGAACAUGCAGAAGGAUGUUCAAACAAACGACCAAACGCAGAAGAUAAGGCUCUCACCAAGAUCCACAUGCAGGCAAUCUGUGCUUAUACAUCUAACAUUACUUAUGAUCAAUUCAAUACAGCAGUCCGGACCGGUAAGAACAUCUACGGCAGCUCCUUCAGAUUCCACUAUUUACAUUUCUGGCUGACUUCUGCCAUACAGAUCCUGAAUAACAAUCAACGCUGUCACAUUACUUAUAGAAAAACCAAAUCUGUCUUCAGCGGCAACGUUAGCGACAUCAUCCGGUUUGGUUCGUUUGCCUCCAGCUCUUUCAGAACAAACCUUACAAAAUAUGGUAAUGAGACCUGCUUUCAGAUAGAGACGUGUUCAGGAGCCUAUCUGAAGGAUUAUCCAGAUAGUGGAACAGAUGAGGAGGAAGUACUCAUCCCUCCCUAUGAAACAUUCAAGAUAACCCAAAUUAUUGAAGGUCAGGGUAAAUAUAAACCUCUGUCUGACUGUAGGAAGGUUUUUAUUUUGAAAAGUGAAGGAGUUAAAAGUGAGCUAAACUGCAAAGCUGCAAACUAAUGAGAGCAGAGUUUAGUCCAACUGAUGCAGAACAUGUAAUAAAAUGAGUUCAGUUGUGUAAACUUGAUAAAUCAAUAAAUAAAUGUAUAAAUCAUUAAAGUGCUGUAGUGAAGUCAGUGACGGAGCAUCACAGCACCAUCUAUGACUGUGUGCAGGAUUUACAUUGAUGUCUAUGUGCAGCAGACUGUAUGUCUGGAUGGGAUCAAUACAUGUGUGACAUCACAAACAUCUGGAUCUUCUCUCUUUA